CCCGGUUAUUCCCGCGGUGCAGUGUGUUGCGUGUGGUGGCAUAUCGCAUUGUUCCAAGAAGGAAGAAAUAGUAUUUAAUUUUGAUCUUAAUGCCACAGUAGUGCGUGGCAAGGCUGCGGCCCUGGCCCCUCGUAUUUUCCUCGGGUGGGGAACCGGAGAACAUUCAUAUCGUCUGUGGACUAUUCCCUAUUUAGAGAGAGUCCGCUUCGUGGCAAAUACGAGAGGACCUCGGUGGGAUCAACAUCGCUGCAGGCCAUUGCCAUGGACGGAAAAAUUCUGCUGCUUGCUUUGGGAUUCGCGAUGGCUGUUGGGGUCAUCGAGGCUCAAUUAUCACACAAAGGAGGCAACUGCCCCCUGAGAAAUACAGUCUCCAGAUGCAUGCCCACCUGUGUAAGCGACUACCAGUGCUCGUUCAAUCAAAAGUGCUGUCCCAACAAGUGCGGCUCCAUGUCCUGUGCCGCGCCGAGUGCCGUGUACACAGGUAGCGACGGCGGCUACAAGGGCUCCGGUCGAGAUACCGGGGUCUACUGCGGAGGCGUCAAGUGCGGUCCCUACGAAAAGUGCGAAUUCGAUCGGACGACGAAGCGCGAGAGAUGCGUUCGCACUUAAUCUCGAAGAAUUUCUUUCAACUUCAUGGUUUCUCAUUUUGUCCAUCGCAAAUCGCGAUUUUAUGAUCUAUUCAAUGCCGUGAGAUGUAUUAAGCUUUUUGAGUAAUAAAGUUUGGGCGUUUUUCAAUA